UUUUCAUACUUCGAAACGAGAAUAUUGUCAGUUUACACAGCUAAGAAAACUUUUUGAGACCACCAGUUUCUCUGCAUGAAUAAUUAAUUCAACAGCAAGAUAAUUGUUAUCUGAUCGACGCUCUUCCAAUAUUUUGUCGAUCACAAAAUGAAUCCUUCCGAAGCAAAAGUAUUCAGUUCCGGAAUUUCCGGUUUCAUAUCUUCAAAAAAACGCAAGGAUUUUGCUUACAGUCGGCUUGAUCAAACAGACAAUGAUUCAGUGGAAUUCUCGAACGUCCAUUUUCAGAAAGAUCACACUCCUCUCUGUACCAAGCUCUUCUUUGGUCUCCUGGCCUUGAUGCUUUUAUUUGCAACUGUGGCAACGACGGUUUUUCUAAUGAACUGGAAACAUUUUACGGUCGAUCUUCGCUUGGAAGAAGGCAAUGUACGAGUUUAUAAAUUCGACCAGCAAGUCAAGAUCAAUGGCAACGAAGCUACCACGACAAGCAUGUCUAUUGUUGUUUCGAUGCACGUCAUUAACAGAACUGAAGACGAUUGUUGGUUUGGAGUAGUUCUUAAUUUACCAAAGGAAUCAAAAACUUACUCUCACUCCAAAGACUUUACAUUUCUUACCCACGUUUCAAACGCAGAACUUGUCGAUUUUCAGGAUGGCCCAGAAAACCAUUUUAAAGUGUUCGGAAAUCACCUUGACACCAACCAGGAGCUUUCGUUUUAUGUUUAUAAUGUCUUAAACCAACUUCUUCCAAUAAUCAAAGUGAAGCUUUACGAAUUUGUGCUCAGCAAACUGUCGAGCUCUUCCUCGAAUUUUGCUGUGACAAAAAACGUAUUUUUACCAGGUCGUGUUCAUCUUAAACGCACCAUCAUGACAAAACGUGAUACAGUGAUUGUAACGACCCGGGCUGAACCAGGCGACUUUGAAAGCUUUUCAGCUGAUGAGAAAGGAAGAUCGACUUCAUGGAGGCUUUCAUACGACGAAACUACUGUUGUUGACAAGAGAACUGGGAUGGUUGACAGAGGCGAUAUGUCUGUCUCUGCUUAUCUCCCAAUAAGCUCUGAUUUUACAUCGGGGCGCAAGCGUAAACCCAUCCACGGAUUAAAGGUGUCUUUUCGAAGCACUGUGGAAUCGGUUGACGAAUCUGAAGCGGAAGGGAAAAAUUGGAGGGAAAUUUUAGAGAACGAGAAAGAUUUCAACCAGCUGCUAACUCUUCCCUCUGUUAAGGAAUCGGUGUUAUUGUAUUUUGCACCGCCGAAGGGUAACCCCCGGAAAAAGCCCUCAGAGGUUAUAAAAGAGCUGAUAAAAUUAAGCAGAAACUCUCACGGAAGAUCAACAAAACUUCCUCCAAUGAUUAAGAUUGAACAGUAUAGUACUGUAAAUGCUGAUGAAUCAGACGGAGCUGAAAACGAUUACCAAAACGAUGACGAUGAUGAAGAGUUUAGUGAUAACAGUGUUGAAACUGAUGAUGAUGAUGAUAGCGAAAAUGAUAACGAUGACGAUGAAAAUGUGCCAUACUGGCCUCAGCCGAAUUACGCACCAUAUGGAAUCGGUUACGAAGUCAAACGAAAGAGGUCUGUCACAGCAAGAAGAUCGCAGAUCAUCAAAAAAGCUGCCAGGAAAUCACGAACAGAAAAGAACACACCCGAAUUAGAUGAGAUCUGGGACGAAAUCACUUCCUCUGCCCCAGCUCCUAUCCGAGAACCUCCACGUGUCAUUCACUCAUCAAUCUUUGGGUUAGAUUUCCUUGCAGAGAUUGAUUACAGCGUUAAAGCCAAUGACGAAAAUGACAGUGAUAACGAUGAUGACAGUGAUAAUGGCAACGACGAGGAUUGGUCUGUAACCACUAGUUACCAGAUCGCAUUGAAACAGUACCGUAUAUCAGCCUUCAGUAAAGUUCACACAUUGAGCGCGCUAAGAAGCAAACUGCCACGAGAAGGGCAACAGAAGACUAGUCGAUGGACGGUUGAUGCCGGUGACUUCGUGAUGUGCAUUCCUCUGUUUUACCUUCAACGUCUGUGUGGAGCCAUUCGACUCACCUUUGAUAUAACAGUUAUUUACAGCCUACCUCGACUGUCUUUGUCAUAUCCAGUUGAACUGAGUGUCCACAUUGGACAGACAGUCACCACCAACGCUACUUUGUCUGGACACGCCUCCACGUGGUUUCACAAGAGCGGAUUUUACACCAGAGGAACCGUUGCCAUGGCAACGUUACCAGUGCGGUUGUCUUUCAAAGAGGACACCUCACCCGAAUGGUGCGUCAAUGGGAAUCUUGAGCAAAAAAUGGUUCGCAUCGACACGGUGCCCCGGUCUACUUGGAAUUGUUCUCUGGAUUUUUUUAAGUACGCUGACACUUGCCUUGGGCUCUCAGCUAAAAACACAUCUCUGCUGACCUUUGAUCUUCAUUACAGCUCAGCUGAAGGAACGAUGUUUGACAACUGGCAUUACCCAGUUACCUGUGUACAUCGAAAGGGUUAUUUUCCAAACUGAAAUAGCACAUCCGGAUAAAACGUUGUAAAAAUUAUAUAGGAGAUAAAUAUCCAUUAAGGACUAAGCGCCCUGGCCCU